AUGUUUCUCACCAUUACCCUAUCCAUUAUUCUCGCACUCCUCUUACUCGUACUACUUCUUACCUAUAAAAUUGGAAAUACCUAUCGAUAUUUUGUCGUACAAUCAAUUCCCGGGCCACGUCCGUCCUUCAUCUUCGGUAAUCUUCUUCCCUUAUGGCAGUCAACAAUCACCGGUAACGGUAUCAGUCGUCAGUUGGAAAAAUGGACAAAGGAAUUUGGUUCGGUCUAUGGAUUAUUCGAAGGUUUUCGACAACCACGUGUAUGGGUUGUAUCAGAUAUUAAAUUUAUUGAAAAUGUAUUUAUAAAACAAUUUUCAUCGUUUAUACCACGUAAACCAGUUGCAUUGAUUAAUAAUCCAAAUGAAAAGAAUCCAAAUUUGAUUACAGCCGUUGGACAUUCGUGGAAACGACAUCGACAAAUUAUGAAUCCAACAUUUUCAACUUUGAAAUUGAAGGAUAUGUUACCAUUAAUGAACUCCUGUGUCACUCAAUUUCUUUCUAAACUACCUACGAACAUCGACUUUAAUGUCUAUGCUUUUUACAAACGUCUUACAUUUGAUGUUAUCUGCUCAUGUGGUUUCGGUUUACAGCAAUCGUCAUCUUCAACAUCAUCAUCACCUACCAUCAUAUCAAAAACGACGUAUGAAGAUUAUUUUGAAAAAACAAAAGAAUUGUUUUCAACUGAUUUAACGCAACGUUGGUGGUUGAGACUCACAGUUGUACUCGGUUCAAUGUCAUUGUUGUCACGUAUGAUUGAAAAAUUUAUUCGUCUAGCAGAUAGUUUGAAAAGAUAUUUGAAUGAAUGUGAAAUUUUACCAUUGAAAUGGAGAAUGAAAUUUGUUGAAUUACCACGAUUUUGGUUAAAUGAUCGUGUUAGUGAAAUUGUUGAUCGAGCUGAAAUUGAUGAUUCUGAUGGAAUGAAAAGAAAUGAUUUUGUACAUAUAUUAUUGAGAGCAUUGAAGAAGGAUUCGGAAUCCGGUUCAAUGUCAUACGGUGAAAUAUUAAACAAUAUCUCAUUAUUUAUGGCUGCUGGUUAUGAAACAUCAUCAUCUGCUUUAGCAUAUUCAACAUAUGUCUUAGCAACACAUAUGGAUGAACAAUUAAAAUUACAGAUGGAAAUUGAUGAUGUUGAUUUCGUUGAAAAUGGACUUGAUUAUGAUAGUAUAAUAAGGAAAUUUGAAUAUCUAGAUCGUUUUAUACGUGAAGUAUUACGAAUGUAUCCAAUACCACCACAAGUUAUUAAUCGACAGUGUGAACAUGAUACAACGGUGACGGAUAGUAAUGGACGAGAAUAUAUGAUUAAAAAAGGUGAUAUCGUUCAACCGGAUAUCUAUUCGAUUCAUUAUUCAUCGGAUUACUGGGGCUCCGUUGAUCCGUAUAUUUUCUAUCCUGAUCGUCAUCUGUCAAUACCUCCACAUACACCAUCAUUCUUAGCAUUUGGCUUAGGACCACGUCAUUGUAUUGGUAUGCGUUUUGCACUGUUGGAAAUUAAAUUAACAUUAAUACGUUUGUUAAAGAAUUAUACGAUUGUAAAAAGUGAUCAAUUAGAUGAAAAAUGGAAUAUAAAUGAAAAACGUGUUAUAACACCAGAUGAAUGUUGGAUUAAACUAGAAAAACGUUAG